GCAGACUCCAAAACAUUGCAGAACUUCUCCCCCCCCCCUCCCCUCUCUUCAGAGGUGCAGGUGAACACGCACCUUCUGCGAAGGUCAGGAUUUUGUGCAUGCUAAUCACGAAGCAUGAACGAACCACCUAGCCCGUCUCCAACGCGAUGGUUCAAGGCAUUGAGAAGAACCCGGGUCGGGGAGCCCUGCUCGAAGGCCGGGCUAGCGGCAUGCACUGAGCAGCUGAAGAGGGCCCGGGCGGCGUUCCGAGCCGGACGCACGGCCAAGGAGGGCUUCCGCCGGGCCCAGCUGGAGGCCCUGGUCCGCUUGCUGGCCGAACACGAGUGUGACUUCGUGGACACGCUCGGCAGGGACCUCCAUAAGCCCCGCUUUGAGACGGUGGUGUCCGAACUGCUCCUGGUGAAGAACGAGGCCCUCUACGCCAUUAACAACCUCACGAAGUGGAUGGAGCCCCAGCACGUGGAGAGGAACCUGGUCACCUCUCUGGAUGAGUGUAUGGUGGUGAGUGAGCCCUUGGGCGUGGUGUUGGUGGUUGGGGCCUGGUGCAGCCCAGUCCAGCUCUGCCUGGUGCCACUGGUGGGGGCCAUUGCUGCAGGUAACUGUGUGAUCGUCAGUCCUUCGGACACCAGCUCUCACACAGCAGAACUUCUGCACAGACUUCUUCCGUCCUACCUGGAUAAUGAAUGUUACCAUGUGCUGGUUGCGUCAGCCAGUGACCUACCUGAAAUCGUAGAUCUCAAGUUUGAUCACGUAUUCUUCACAGGCAACAGCGCUGACGGCACCAAGGUGGCGCAGGCGGCGGCGCGCUGGCUGACGCCGGUCACCCUGGUUCUGGACGGGCAGAACCCGUGCUACGUGGACCGGGACUGCGACGUGGGCGCGGCCGCCCGGCGCAUGGCCUGGGCGCGCUUCCAGAACGCGGGGCAGAGCGCGGUGGCGCCCGGCUACGUGCUGUGCCACGCCGACGCCCGGGCCCAGCUGCUGCACGCGCUGCGCUGCGCCCUGCUGCAGUUCUACGGGCCCGACCCGCGCCAGUCCUGCAGCCUCGGCCGCCUGGUCAACGCCGAGCACUUCGCCCGCGUGCGCGACGCCCUCGGCAGGUCCGGCACGGUGGCCGUCGGCGGCCAGGUGAACGAGGCCGAGAAGUACAUCGCCCCUACCCUGCUGACGGACGUGGUGGAGACGGACCCCAUCAUGCAGCAGGAGAUAUUCGGCCCGGUCCUGCCCAUCCUGACCGUGAACAACGUGGACGAGGCCAUCGCCUUCAUCUGCCGGCGCGAGAAGCCGCUGUGCGUGUACGCGUACUCCAGCAACAGCAAGGUAAUCUCUCGGCUCAUGGAGGAAACAUCCAGCGGGAGCUUCUGCUCCAACGACAGCACUCUGCAGAGCCUGAUGGUGAUGCUGCCCUUCGGAGGAGUGGGUGCCAGCGGGAUGGGCUCCUACCACGGGCGUGCCAGCUUCGACACCUUCUCCCACAGGAAGUCCUGCCUGCUGCGGGGCACGCGCAUCGAGUGCGUCACCUACCUGCGCUACCCACCCUACGAGGACCGCAACCUGUCGCUCAUGACCUGGGCCAGCACCCUGUCCCACAAGGGCUGGUGCCAGAUCCUGUGAAACGG